CACCAGUCGCGCAAACAAGAAUGGCGUAUUCUGUCAACGUCUCCGUCGAGGCACCGAUUGAAAAUCAAAUACAAGAAAUUACUUACGAUGGGCAGGAAAUUUAUCAAGCGCCACUUACGCUAUCGGAAAAUUUAGCGAAAAUAGCCCAGAAAAUUGAUUUCACCAAAACAAACGGAGAGGACGUUAACAAAGAGCAGGAGAAUGGAGAAAAAAGCGAAGAAGAUACUAAGGAUCCUGCAAAUUUUCAAUCAUCCCUAUGGCCGUGGGAUAGUGUUAGAAAUAAAUUAAGAAAUGCCUUAACCGAAGUCUGUGUAUUGGCCGACGUGCUCGCAGUUGCCAAGGAAAAAAGAUACAUGGUACUUGACCCAGUCCCACAGGAUAGCAUAGAAGUAAAGCCAUUGGUUCAAGUUCACGCCAGGAAAAAGGCAUUAGCCGGUGCAGCGUCGGUUCUGAUUAUGAGCGCCGAUCGAAUGAAGAACUGUCAAAAUGAAUUGGCCAGAACGCGCACGACUCCUGACUUCCAUAUUGAAUUAUUGAGACUACGCCAAAAUUGGCGAUUAAAAAAAGUCUCAAAUUCUAUCAUAGGAGAUUUAAGUUAUCGCACAGCUGGUUCAAAGUACAAUCAAACGGGAAUGUUUGAGAUAACAAAAGCAGAAGAAGAAGAGAAAAGUAGCACUAGUCCGCCCGUCUCCCCAAAUCCUAAUAUCCCUACCCCAUCGUCCUCUUCAACUAAUAAAAAUGCUUCUGCAUUGCGCGUUACUAUACCUAGUGAACUCGAAGGGAUUGCUUAUAUCGAAGUAUUGUGUAAAAAAGAUCAAGAAGCACUUUGCAGUGCUAAUAUCAAUUGGCUCAACAGUGGCUCAGGUAACAAACUUGAUCCGGAUACGCAUUGGCAGCAGAAAUUAGAAGCUGCCCAAAAUGUUUUAUUUUGUAAAGAACUUUUUAGUCAAUUAGCGAGAGAGGCAGUGCACUUGAGGGCGCCUAUACCACACAUGGUUGUAGGAAAUCGAAUAAUGGCUACGGUACUUCCAGGUAUUCAACUUAUAAUUAUUCUACGACAUAGUACCGGUCAUGAUAAGAAACCGGUACCACAAAAUACCGAUCACGAUCACGUGCUCGAACAUUCAUUACAUCAACUGUUGAGGGAAGUUCAUCACAAAAAUACGCAUCAUCCUUAUCCUCAUCCAUCGUCAGGGCCGCUGGGACCAAGUAAACGGAGAUGUAUAGCCGGCCCAACGGCGGUGGAUCGGCACGAAUUGAUCGAAAUGACCAAGAGUCAAACUCUAUUGGAACAAAUCAUUCAACAAGCCCAGCACUUCUUCAUGAGACUACGAACGGAAUACGUAUUAGAUACUAUCGCCAAGGAAGUUAAGGAUCCGCUAAUCGUUUCGCAUUGGAAUGCACUAAAUUCACCGACUCAGUCCAGUGUUAGAAUUAUUAUUUUAACGCACGGUUAUGAUCAGUUGAUUCGAACUUCCAUGAUUUUGCACGUUAGCGAAAAAUCAUUAAGAUGCGUUUGUAAAGAUGGCAGAGUUAUGUACAUGAGCUACGAGCCGCAAGAAUUGCGAGAUCUUAUAUUUUGUCAAAUUUAUCAGCAUCAGAUUAAUGCGGUACAAGGUUUAGCGAAAUGCAUGGGCUGGCAAUUUUUAGCGAAUAGCUCGCAUCUUGGCCUUGGUGCUGUUGAACCUUUGGGAAAUGCUAGUAGUUGUAUAUUGGCAUCUCCGAUCGGCGACAGAAUGAUAGCUGUAAGAUGCGAGCCACAAACUGGAAUUCAGGUUUCCAUAGCUCAUUCUCCCAGAAAAGACUUCUUUCCUGGUCAAUUGGUGAAAGAAAGGAAGUGGGAGAAUCUUGGUGGUUCGUUCAAGGAAGUUAGAUGGGAUAAAAUGGAGGGGAAAAAUUUUUUAAAUAAAAUGGAAUUACUCAUGGCAUCUCUCACGAGCUCCUAAAAAUAACGUUUUGCUAAUGACAAAUAAAAUUGGGUGAAGGUUUUGUACUGAGAGGCACUUCGAUUCAAUUUUUUCUUGUUUUUAUUUAUUAAUUUUUUUUAUUUUUUACGAAAACACGUAAUUUCUUCAUAAACUAAUUGGGAAAAUAUUUGUUAGGAAUUAGUAAGUACAGACAAAUUUAAACUCAAGUAUUAUAAAAAAAAAAAAAAAUGUAAAAACGGAAUGUUUAAGGGAUGGAAAGAAGCAAUAUAUUGUAAUUUAUUUGUCAUCAACGAUCCAUCCGGAGAAAUGUCUAUUUAACAAACAGGAUCUAACGAACAGGAUUUAUAAAUAAAAGUAGCCGUAUCAAUAUUUGUAUAAAAAUGAUAUUAUUAUUAUUUUAUAAGAAAUGAAAAGAAUAUGAAUGAACAAUGAAUUGAGCGAAUACAAGAAAAUCAAGAAAAUAAAAGACAUUUUGUCA